AGUAUUUUAGUGUAUAAAGUCGUAAUUUCAAGUUCUUCUUCAAAGGCAAGCUGCGAAGUGAUAUAACUGAUGUCAAUCUGAAGUUGUCUUUAUAGUAUUACAGAUUAACUUAUAACCUCAAGGAGAAGACAUGGAGUAUUUUAUUCGUUUUCACAUCUUAUUGUUAAUUUCCUUAACCAUGGAUCAAAUGGUUACUGGGCUGAAAUCUUUCAAAGAAAGAGAUAAGAUUGAAUUAAGGAGAGAGCUCGAUAAGAUUACCCAGGACUUGUUGGUGAACAAAGACCCUUUUUACCACUCGUAUGUCUUUAACUCUGGAGUUGGAAAUAGGGAAAAGCUGUCAGUUGAGUGGAUGAGACAAGACCCAUUGCUUGCUGCUGGAGAAGCUGUUAUUGGUUGGCAGGCUAAGACAAACCGUGGCCAGGUUCAUCUCCUGGGCCGGAAACAUUCCUCGAUCACGUUGGUAACAGCGCCAACUCAACUGUCUGCCAACAGAUCACUUCAAUUUCAACAGCAUUCCUUAAGUUUUACAGCCAAUGUGACAAGUACAUCACUAUUCACAAGAUGGAACCCAGAAUCUUCCCAGCCGGAAGUGGUAGUUGUAGUGGCAUUAGACACAUCUACGGCUGGUAUUUUAUUCUACCGGAUCAUGGAUGCAAAAUUGGAAUAUGUAACACAAUGGUCCCGCUAUAAAACAGUAAGCUGUAUAUCAGCUGUUAGCAUGCAUGGAAAAAAUCAGCUGAUAGUGAUUGAUAAAGGUUCUCCUGCCUCCAUUGAUGUGUUUGAGAUCCUGUUUGUAACGGGUAGUGGCAAAUUAGACUUUAGGUUAGUGCAGAGUUUCUCAGUGUCAGGAGACUGUAGAUCGGUCACUGUAUGUAGGGUGGGUCGUCAACACUUCCUAGUUCUGCCACUAAGUCAUCAUGUUGCUGUGUAUCGUCUGGUGUCCGGACACUACCAGCUACACACUGAGCUGUCUCUUCUGAGAGUAUCACAGGUGGUAUGUUUCAAUGUUGCACUACAGACAUACUUAGCAAUCAAUGGAGAGACACCCCAUGUGAUCAGGAUAACCGAAAGGGGAGAGUUCAUCUCGGAAUUGAUGCCUGGUUUUGUGAGUGAAUGGCUGGUUUUGCCGGUGUCUUCGUACCGCAGUGAUGUUUUACUCUUGAGCAAGUCUGCCAACAUAACCACAGCUUACGUCUGGGCAGGCGCUAACAGGGGAUUCAACACUGUCUCGAUACCUAACUGUGACGGGUGUCUGGAAGGAGAUUGGUCUGGAGCUGUUUCAGUUCCAUUUCAGCGGCAGAACUGUCUUCUGAUACCUCGCGUUGAAAACUUCUCUAAUCUUGUGGCUGUAGGGACAUCGCUGAUCAGCAACAAUCCCAUCAUGGAUAAAUUGAGAGCAACGGUCAACAAGAUGAAUAAAAUUCAGCAUGAAUGGCGACAAAUAAAAUCAAAGAUUGAGGAGGUUGAGGAAACCUUGCAUUUUGUUGUGAAAAAGAAAGGAGUCAACGUGAUAACUGGAAAAUGGACUGUGGGCAGACUGGAGAGUCCAAGUGUAAAGUAUAACUCAAUGAUCAAACCACAAAAUGAGACCGAAAUGUCCCAAGAGACAACAGAAACUGAGGGACUGCUACAAUUGGGAACACUGGAGAACUCUGUGAAAAACUUAAUCACUGAGGGAAGUGAAGUGAUCCAAGCUGUAGAAGAAAGAGAGAAUCAAGCUUGGGGUCUUAGUGGUUUCAAGGGAAAGGUGAACUUCAAGGGGAAGUUGAGUAUCAACAAUCUUACCAUUACUCAUCUCAAUGGCGAACAUAUGGAUCAACUACUACACAAUACGUUCAGGAAAGACAAACCGAGUCCAAUACAGCAUCAGGUGAUUGUGGAAUCACUCAAGACAGAAGAUAUUUUCAUCAAUAGAAUAAACAACUUGACCAGAGAGGACCUCAAGUUCGCCGACGGACCUGUGGUGAUAAGAGGCAAUGUUACACUAAGCAAGCCACUGACUGUGAGAGGGGAGGUGGAGUUAGAAGAGGGGGGAAAAGUUAACGGAGUUGAUCUGUCAGAGGAGUUGUGUAAAGGACAAGAAAAAUGCACAGUCUUUCCAAUGGUGUACCUGGAUGAAGAAGAAGUGAGAAAUGGGGAUUUGAACAACAAUAUUGACAAAGGUCCAGCUGACAGUAUAAGUGAUCAUGUGUGGAGCAAAACCCUAGCGGGCAAAAACCUAACGGUAGUCAAAAUCAAUGGAGUAGACUGGAAAACACUCACGGAUAAUGUUGUCUACAAGGAUAAAUAUCAACAUAUAAACGGAACUGUUGAUGUUAAAGGGAGGGUGACAUCAGACCCUGCAGUAUGGUCUGACAGGUUCCAGUCUCUGUCUCAGUCUAGAGCCUCUGACCCCUCCAGGUCUUCUCCCAUUGUAGGAGCUCCUGCACCAUCUGCUUCUGACGAAGAAAAGAUUUUAGAUGAACUGGCGUCAGGCUCCACUCUGAUUGUGUCAGAACUAGAAGUGACCGGAAGUGUAACAGUGGUGGAGAGUGAGUGGGGUGUACAAGCAGCUGACGUGGUGCUCAGUGAUGCCAACCCUAUUGUGAUAGAGGGGGCUAAGACUUUCACUGGUGCUGUCAAUGUUACCAACAACGCAGAGGUGGAAGGCACUGUCGGUGGUGUCGUGUUGUCACACCUGUUCACAAAAGAUACCAAGCAGGUGCUUACAGGCCCUACAACAUUACAAGGAGACAUAACAGUUGACAACCUCACUUUGACUGGUCUAUGGAACGGAAAGACCUUAUCUGACCUUGAGAAAGACAAAUCUGAGGGUUUUAUAACAGCAGCUGAUACCAUCAAUGUAUUAGAAACCAUCAACCAAGUCCCAGUGUCUGAUUUUGUCUUCACUGGAGAUGAUGGUGUUGCCAUGAUAAAAAGUGGUAGUGUCGAGCAGCUGAUGGUUACUGAGAACAUUGUUGUUGGUGGAAAGGUUUGUGGAGUAAGCUUAGAUGAUUUUAAUGAAAGACGGCUGAGCUUAUCAAGAGAACAGAAUAUUACAGGAAAUGUUGUAAUAGCAGAAGCCAAAGUUACUGCUGACUUUCGAGCUGAAAAUCUCAGUCUUAUGGGAAAUCCUUUGCUUACCGAGGAUGUUGAGUCGGAAAUUGUGGAUGGAUUGCACUUUUCAGAGCUGCAUGUGAAUGGAGACAUUAUAACAGAUGAAGGUGUUAACGGCUUCAAUCUAUCAGAGGUAGCCGCAAACGCUGUGUGGCUCGAGGAUAAUAAUGAAAUCGAAGGUCCUCUCAUUUUCAAGGAUGGAGUCGAAUUUAAAAUCCUGGAAGGCCAAGGAAUGUGCAAUGACAUGGUGUGUGAAGAUUGGCUACGCAUUGAUGAUGUGGUUUAUAAACACAACGACUCUGUUACUUUCACAGGGAACAAAAAGUUUACACAAGUUAUGAAUAUCUCUGAAGACCUUGAAGUUGAAACAAUUAAUGACCAUAAAUUUGAAAAUGUUCUUACAAAGACUACAGCACAAAAGAUAUCAGGAGAUUUGGUCAUUGGGGGAGAUGUUAGGAUUGAAGAGGACUCUACAAUUCUUGGACAGCUGAAUAACCAAAAUAUAACAGAGUUUGGUCACCGAUGUUCAGUUUCUGAAAACACCAUUACAUGUAAAGGAAAUGCUGAGUUCAAGGAAUCGGUGGAGGUUGAACAUUUAAGAACUUCAGGCAAGAUAAAGGGUGUCAACUUUCCAACUUUCUUAAAGACUGUCGUUAGAACUGACAGUCCCCAACAUGUCGCAGGUCUAAAGAAAUUUGUCGGAAACGUGCACAUGGAAAGUCUAAGAGAUGUAGAUCAGUUGAACGGAGAGAACUGGGACAAUUUUCUGUUGGACGCUGUGAGUGCAGUUGACGUGGAGCAGGUUGACAGGGAUGUCACCUUCUCUGACUCGCUGACACUCGGCACACUGUCUGUGGACUACCAAAUGUCAACCGAUACUGUCAACAGUGUCGAUAUCUCACAGUGGAGGACUGACGCCAUCUACAUCAACGAGUCACAGUCUUUGGAAAGAGAGAUAGUGUUGGAGACAGCAGUCAGCGCAGGUAACAUGUCAGUAGAGAUGUAUGGAGGGUUGAGUCUAGAACAUGAUGUGAUCCACCUCCACUCUGCGUCUAAUCUGCCCUACCUCAGAGCUCGGUCUGUCACAGUCCUGGGAGAAUUGGAGGUCAUGGACAAGGUCAAUGGGAAAUAUCUAGUGGAAGUGGAACGGAACACUCUUAAGACAUCAGGGGACCAAGUGGUACAGUCAGAUCUGAUAGUAGGAGACCUAAUAGUGGAGGGAGAUGUAGAGACGGAGGCUCUGGUAGAUGAACAUCAACUCAGAGAUGCAAUUACUCUAACCUCCGAUCAAACACUUUAUGGUGAGCAACAGUUUUUGUCUCGCUGUUCAGUUAGUAAUGUAGUCUUAAGGCUUGGAAUAUCCAGCAAAAGUAAAUAA